GCAGACCUCACCACCGCCCUCCUUACCUACCUAACCUCCAAACACCUCCCCCCGCGCCCCCAAUUCCUCACCUCCCUCCUCCCCUCCCUCAACCCCUCCAUCCCCCUCGCCGCAACCCAAAAAACCGCCCUCUUCCGCCUCCUCGCAACAGACAUCACCUCCACCCUCCAGUCCACCCCGACAUCAACUUUCCCACCCAACAUCUCCAACCCAGCCGUCAAGGAAGUCACCCUCCCGGGACCCAUUACAGUGCAAGUCCUCGACAUCGAAGACGUGGGACGCAGCGCGUGGAGUCAGGUUGAGAUGAUGGAGAUGGAAGAACGGGGGGAAUUUCGAAAGGGGUCGGAGAUUAUUCGUGUCACGGAGGAGGAGGAGGAGGAGACGUCUGAUCCGGCGGGGAGGCCAGCGGCGUCAGGGCCGCAUAAGUUGUUGGUGCAGGAUGCGAGGGGAGUGAAGGUUUUUGCGUUUGAGAUGGAGAGUGUGGCGGGUGUGGGAAUGGGGAUGGCGAUUGGGAGUAAGAUUGUGUUGAAGGGGUGUGUGGUGGCGAGAGGGGUUGUGUUGUUGACGCCGGGGAGUGUGGAGGUGUUGGGUGGGAAGGUGGAGAUGUGGGAGAGGAAGUGGAGGGAGGAGAGGAAGGCGAGGUUG